GAGAAAACAGAAAAACCCUCUGAUCCCAAUACUGCUACUGCACGGACAAAAGAAGGAGAACAUAGAGAGAGAGAGAGAGAGAGAGAGAGAGAGAGAGAGAGACCAGCAGAGAGACAGGCAGAGCGGAGGACAGACGGACGGAUAGCUGGAGAGGAUGGGCCGGCGGAGCGGCCGUCGGUAGCGCUCUGUUUUCGGGGACGGAGCUCCAGGAUGAGCGUAGCGCUGCAGGACCUCCGGAACACCAUGUCCAGCUAUAAGCGAGCUACAUUGGAGGAGGAGGAGGUGUCUGAUGCUCCAGCUGAGUCGGCCUCAUCUCCUGACAGAGUGGAGGUGGGCUUCAGGAAGGGAGGAGUGGACAUCCUGGGCAGGAGGACUCAGCUGGAGGUUCUGCUCUCCGUCCUGCUCCUGGCUGCCCUGCUGGCCCUGCUGGCCUGUCUGCUGGUCCUUGGACUGCGACUCAGUUCAGACAGUGGGCAUGGCCUGUGCCUGUCAGAGGCUUGCGUCACAGUGGCCAGUCAGAUGGUGGAGGCGAUGGACCGCAGCGUUGACCCCUGCCAUGACUUCUACCAGUUUGCCUGCGGAGGCUGGAUGAGGAAGAAUCCGCUGCCUGAUGGGCGCUCGCGUUGGUCCACCUUCAACAGCAUCUGGGAGCAGAACCAGGCGCUGCUCAAACACCUGCUGGAGAACGGGACCUUUAAUGGCAGCAGCGAGGCGGAGAGGAAGACCCAGUCCUACUACCUGUCCUGUCUCAACACACAGAGGAUUGAAGAGCUGGGAGCUCAGCCUCUCAUAGACCUCAUCGCCAAGAUCGGCGGCUGGAACAUGACGGGUCCCUGGGAGAAGGAGAACUUCAUGGAGGUUCUGAAGGUGGUUUCGGGUCCGUACAGAGCUAAUCCUUUCUUCAGUGUGGGAGUCAGUGCUGAUCCCAAAAACUCCAACAGCAACGUCAUCGAAGUGGACCAAUCAGGACUCUUCCUGCCAUCCAGGGACUAUUACCUCAACAAGACAGCCAAUGAGAAGGUUCUGGCGGCGUACCUGGACUACAUGGUGGAGCUGGGGAUGCUGCUCGGUGGGGAGAGGAGCUCCACUCAGCUACAGAUGCAGCAGAUCCUGGAGUUUGAGACGGCGCUUGCCAACAUCACCGUCCCACAGGACCAGCGCCGUGAUGAGGAGAAGAUCUAUCACAAGGUCACCAUUGCUGAACUACAGCUCUUGGCUCCGGCCGUGGACUGGUUGGACUACCUGUCAUCCUCUCUGGCUCCUCUCGAGCUGAACGACACUGAGCCUGUCGUCCUGUGCGCCAGAGAGUACCUGCAGCAGGUGUCCGACCUCAUCAACAAGACCGACCGCAGUCUGUUGAAUAACUACAUGAUGUGGACAUUGGUCCAGAAGAGUGUGGCCAGUCUGGAUCAACGCUUUGAGAAUGCUCAGGACAAACUGCUGGAGAGUCUCUACGGAACCAAGAAGCAGUCUUGCACCCCACGCUGGCAGACCUGCAUCGGGAACACAGAUGACACUCUGGGAUUCGCUCUGGGAGCGCUCUUUGUCAAGGCAACAUUUGACAAACAUAGCAAAGAGAUUGCUGAGGAGAUGAUCAACGAGAUCCGCUCAGCGUUUAAAGAAGCUCUGGACAGACUCAGCUGGAUGGACCAUGACACCAGACAGGCUGCAAAAGACAAGGCAGAUGCAAUCUACGAUAUGAUCGGAUUCCCAGAAUUCAUCCUGGACUCCAAAGAGCUGGAUGACGUUUAUGAUGGGUAUGAAGUGUCAGACGACAGCUUCUUCCAGAACAUGUUGAACUUCUACAACUUCUCAGCCCGGGUGAUGGCUGACCAGCUGAGGAAGACUCCCAACAAAGACCAGUGGAGUAUGACUCCUCCUGCAGUUAAUGCAUACUACAUGCCCAGUAAGAACGGCAUCGUCUUCCCUGCUGGAAUCCUACAAGCUCCUUUCUACGCCCACGACCACCCCAAGGCAUUGAACUUUGGUGGGAUCGGAGUAGUGAUGGGUCACGAGCUCACUCACGCCUUCGAUGAUCAGGGUCGUGAGUACGAUAAAGAAGGUAACUUGAGGCCAUGGUGGCAGAACUCAUCUGUGGAGGCGUUUCGUCAAAGAACAGAAUGUAUGGUGGAUCAAUACAGUCGCUACACUGUCAACGGAGAACACAUCAAUGGAAAACAGACACUCGGAGAAAACAUCGCUGACAAUGGAGGACUGAAGGCUGCAUACCAUGCCUAUCGAUCGUGGGUCAAGAGAAAUGGCGAGGAAAAGAGACUUCCUGCUGUCAACCUGACUAAUGACCAGCUCUUCUUUGUGGGAUUUGCCCAGGUGUGGUGUUCAGUUCGAACACCAGAGAGUGCUCAUGAGGGCCUGGUGACUGAUCCCCACAGCCCCCCUAGAUACAGGGUGAUCGGCACGCUUGCCAACUCUCCGGACUUCAGCCGCCACUUCAACUGUCCUGCGGGGACACCCAUGAACACUGGGAGGCGCUGUGAGGUCUGGUAGACAGACUGAAGAGGACUACAUCUGGGGGAAGGAGGAGGAGGGUGCUAAUUAGGACAGCCUGAAAAUUAACAGGUCUGUUCAUGAGGAAACUUGUCUGUAUUUAGUUGAUUAACAGGUGAGUUUCUUCAUCGACAGACUCAUUAGUGUCUUAAUUAGAAGAGCUGAGACUGUUAAUUAUGAGUAGGGGUUGGUUGUGGGCGGUUCAGGUGUGAUCUUCAGUUUCAUAUAGUUCAUAUAAAUCUGUUCAUGGAGACGUCAGACUGACUUCCUGUCUGGAUACUGCAAGGACUCAGUGGACUUCACAGACACAUGAAGGACUGACGAUGAUGAUGAUGAUGAUGAUGAUGAUGAUGAUUAUGAUGAUGAUGAAGCCAUGUGGGACGAUGUUGCUGAUUUCUGCUUUAUCACUGUUAUUGAUUAUUAUUAUAAAUGGGCUUUGGUUUGUGUGUGUGUGUGUGUGUGUCUGUGUGUGUGUGUGUCUGUAUA